ACAACUCUUCUCUCGGUCGAUUUCCCGAGCAGCCUCGUCUCCGUCGGCGACUGCGCCUUCCACUGCUGCACCGCCCUCACCUCCGUCGCCCUUCCCGUCGGCGUCGUCUCCAUCGGCGAGGAGGCCUUCUGCAGCUGCUCCUCCCUCGCCUCCGUCACCCUCCCCGCCAGCGUCACCUCCAUCGGCAGGGGCGCCUUCCGCAGCUGCCGGUCCCUCACCUCCGUCGCCCUUCCCGCCGGCGUCGUCUCCAUCGGCGAGGAGGCCUUCUCAAGCUGCUCCCUCACCUCCAUCCACCUCCCCGCCGGCGUCACCUCCAUCGGCUACCGCACCUUUGCCGGCUGCCGG